UGUCUUCCGUUGAGGCUUUCCGUUUUCUGUUGUUAUUCAAUAUGAUUCCAGUUGGAUCUGAUGUUGAAGCAACGUGUUAGGCUAUCAUUUUUGUUGACAAUAUUUUUAUGUUUAGUUCAUACAAUAUAAUUUCUACAAUGAUUUUCAUUGAUGAAUAAUCGUCAUGCCUAAAGUUCAGUCUAAUUCUAUGCGUAGCCUAUGGACUUUACUGGUGCGGCACGAAUUUGUAAGCCACUAAAAUUCAUCUUGCUUACCUACUCUAGUGGUAGUGUUAUAAUCAUCUACGUAGUGUAAACAUCGUGCGCCAAAUAAUUUCGUUAAAGUCCGAUGUCACAAACUCUCAAGUAUGGAUUCCAGCAAGCAGCCUUCUUUAGACGACACAAUGGUGAGUCACCUGAGCAACACCACCACUCUGACCACCACCUCCAACCGAGCAGACCUGAGGCUGUGCCUUGUUGGCCAACUGGCCAGUGAUGUGGACACUCUCCAGGCAGCUCAGAAAUUCCAUCUACCUGUGGUGACGUCAGAAAAUGGGCUUGAAUAUGCAGCAGAUCAGAGUCACUGCACAUAUUUUGUGGUGGCUGAUUUUGAGAGCCCUGAGUACGCCGCUCUGCACGAGGUCACAUCAAGGAUACUGGGGAAGCCUGCCCUGCUGGACAUGGCCAUCACUCAGGACGGAGUAACUCCUUCACUUGUGCUGCACACACGACCUGUUUACUGCCACGUCAUGCGCUCCUGCAUUGUUGUCUUCACAGGAUUCAAGAGGAAAAAUGAUGUGGCCCGGUUGUUGCGUCUGAUUCACAUGAUGGGUGGAAGCAUCAAGAACGAGAUGGGCGAAAGAGUGACGCACCUCAUAGCCGUGUGCUCCACAGGCGACAAGUAUCAGUAUGCAGUCACGUUUGGCAUUCCUGUGGUGACACAAAAGUGGGUCGACACCGCCUGGGCCCAUAGGGACGAUAUUGGCGCCCGUGCUGCCAAUACUGACAUGGAGAAAGAGUUUUACCUUGGCGUGUUCCACAACCUCCGUGUUGUGCUAGUGGGUUUCAAUGAAGAAGACCAGCAAACUAUGCAGCGCAUGUUGGAUCAAAACAGCGGCACCGUUACGGAGCUCAAAGACAAAUCAGCCACUCACGUCGUGCUGGAAGACCAGCGCGUCAAAGAAAAACCUCCGGACUGUCCUCCAAAGGCCCACGUGGUUAAGGCAGAAUGGUUCUGGGCCUCCAUUCAAAUAAACGCUUGUGCAAAUGAAAGUCUCUACACAUUCGAAGUGCCUGUUGGGGAGCGAGGGCCCGGCGGCGUGACGUCGCCCCGCAACUCCACCACCACCCCAGCCAGCGGCAUGGGUGGUGGUGGCGGUGCGGCGGCGGCGGGAGGAGAGCGAGGUGGUCUUUUCUCUCCAGCGACGCCGAGGUCUCGGUCUCGCAGGCGCAAGAGGCUGCGGGAGACCAUGCAGCAGCUGGCCUCUGAUGACAGCCCCUGUGCUCCUGGCUCGCAGCUCCAACUCCCCGCCAGUAAGAGGCGGUCAUCAGUGGCAGACCUAAUAUCCUACGUCUCUGGUGACGGCUCCUUACUGGACGACUCCCAUCACACGCCUGCGGGACAAAACGUCAGUGCAAUGAAGACGCCGCUGUCACCACCUUCCACGGACCUGAAGCACCUGACGCCUCGACAGCGCGUCUUCCAUGAACUCGUCAAGACUGAGUGCAACUAUGUGGCCAUCCUGGACACCAUCAACAAGGUUAUCAAAGAGCCUCUGGAAGACGACAGCCAACCUGGAGGGCCUCUGCUGGACAGUCAGGAAUUGCGCUAUAUUUUUGGUCAUCUGCCGCCCAUACACGACGUGCACACCAAAAUGCGUAACGACUUCCUACACCUUGCACACAACUGGCAUCCUGACGCGUCUAUUGGACAAAUAAUACUCAAUUAUUCCGACGACCUGGAGAAAGCUUACCCACCAUUUGUAAAUUAUUUUGAAAACGUCAAGGAGAUGCUGGAAAAGAUCUGUCACGAGCGACCGCGUUUCCACGCUUUCUUGAAGAUCGCCCAGAGCAAACCAGAGUGCAGCAGACAGAGCUUCCAGGAGCUGCUGAUUAGGCCCGUGCAGCGGCUGCCUUCCAUGAGUCUCUUGCUCAAUGAUAUGCUGAAACACACGGACCGCAACCAUAACGAUCACACGGCGUUGAGCAAUGCACUCGACAAGAUCAAGUCUGUCAUGACUUUCAUCAACGACAACAAGCGCAAAACUGAAGCAAAACUCAAGCUUUUUGAGAUACACAAUGAUAUUGAAUACUGUCCACCGAACUUGGUAGCGUCGCAUCGCACGUAUGUGAGCCGCGCGGACGCGACCGAGCUCAGCGAUACGUGCAGUGGGCGCGGCGACUCCUUAACUCUCUUCGUCUUCAAUGAUGUCCUUGAGGAGAAUUUUCUUGUACCAAUGGACCCGCACCAUCUGGACAUCGAGUCCAGUGACGUUGGCUUCGCCACGUCUCUGAGUAAAGCUCUACGGUUCGCUGCUCGCACUGGACGCAAGGUGAGUCGAGCAUUCAGUUUCAACAAGAGUCCUGGCGGGAAGUUGAAGCGCGCCGUGUCUACUGUGAUGAGUCCCUUCGCCACGCUCCCCAACCCUGCCAUGAGAGCCGCUGCCUCCGUCACCAAUCUUGCGGAUCUGUCGUUGACUGGCACUCCUCCUCCUCCCAACUCCUCCACAAUGGGUGGAAUGAACGCCAUGGUAACUCCCACAUCGCGGCGGCGUUUACCGCUCAAAAAUCUUUGACAAUCAUCGCGGCGCUCCCUUCGUAUAAACACCUCCACCAUCAUGGAAGUGUGCACUGACCCGCCAGCGGUCGGCGGUGAUACAGGGAGCGUCGCGCCUCAGGGAUCCACUUCCGUCAGGAGACUUGGCAGCUUUCGCUUGCCUCGAGACGGAUCAUUCAAAGAAAAGUUCAGAAGAGUUAAACAUUCAUCCUCUGCUGAGGAAGCAGAUAAGCGCGGGACUGCAGCUACCGCAGUUGACCCUAGUGUGGACCUGCGAGCUCAUGCUGCAAGUGCUGACGACGUGUUUAGUGGCGGCAGGGAGUCGCGGAUCGACGAGGAAUCCGAGAGUAUCCAAUCUGCCCAAGGUUCCAUUCGCAAAUCUUCGGUGAUGAGCAUCACAGAUAAGCGGCUAGUACGAAGAGACCUUUGCAGAACGGAGAGCGAGAGCACAUUUGGGAGCAGCGGAGCUAUUUCAUUUCAACAAGGCCCCAGUUAUGACGAAGAAGAGACAAGUAGCUUGAACAGACGAGAGGUGCAAAGAAAAUGCAGCGGCGAGAGCGUUAAUGAAGACAACGCGAGCGUCCUGCUUGACUGUUUCUUUCUUGACCCCGCAGUGAGUUCUCGGGAAGACCUCCCCAGUACAGGAGUAGAUGAAGUAGACGUCAGAAGACGAGCAUCCGUUGCCCAUAAUGGUUCAGCAAGUACCGAAAGCGCUAGUAAAGGAAGCAUAGAAGAAAAUAAUGUUCCUGGUGAUUGCGGGAUCAUCAGAGAAGAGGACGAAGGGAGAGGACAGUGCCGGCGGUCUCAAAGAAGAUUGUCCGGUAAAAGCGGCAGUAAUCCAGAAUCUUGCAAGAAUGGAGAUGUGGCCACUGAAUUGGUAGAGGCCUCCGUUAACGUCCAUGCUGAGGACGAGACUGGAAUCACAUCUGUCUCAAAUGCCGCUGAAAUUGACUGCCUGCACAAUGGCAGAACAGCAAGCGGCCAAUAACAGUUUAAAUGAUAUUUUUUACCUCUUAUGAUGCUUCUGAGAAGUAUGUAGAUCUGUAAAUUUCGCGUAAUUGAAUAUGUUUAAUUAGCUAAUGGCGAUGUGUUUCUGCUUAACGUUUGUAUGUUCUCUUCAUGAAAGAGGAAUGAAAUAAACAGACCCAGUACUUCAUGUACGGAAAGAGUCGCAUGCCUUGAACGUUUAGCGAAGUAUCCAGUGCAUAAAUAUUGCUAGAGUAUCACUACAAGUGUCACCUUGUACACGUCUUAUCCAAGCAUAGUAUGUACUCAACUCGAGAACUGUAGGUAUAUCUCAUGAGAUCGCUCGAGUGUAGUGCUCUUCAUCUACGGUCUCAGUGAUAAAAUGAAGCCGUGGACUUGCCUCCUCCUUGUUUGGACGGGAGCAGCUCAACUUCCUAGAACAAAGCGAGCGUGGAGUGCACUCAAGAGUAACCUAUAUCUAUUAACAGUAAACUUGAUCAAAAUGAAGGAAAAAGGCUGUCAUCAUAAUUUCCUGUGCAUAAUUCUAAUACAUUUGCUACUCGUGUAUUAACAUUUGUCUCCUCAGUUCGAAUCAGCCAUGUAUUACAGAGCGUCAAUUUUGUUGGACUAUCAGCUUUACAUUUCAUACUGCCUUUGAAUGAAAGUUUUCUAGUUUCCGGUGGCCAUCAACGCAUCUUUUACCGGUUACUAAUUUCGUGGCAAUAACUAUUAUCGUCCAAUACCGUUCCUUUUAUCAUUUAUUACGGAAGCAUUUCAUGAUGUACGCGGUCUGGCGGGGCGGCAGAAUACGGUCUGGCGGUCUGGCCAGACCGUAUAAUCUACGCGGUCUGGCGCGGCAGGGUAUGAACCUCUUCUUUCCUGUAUUCGGUCAUAAAUAUAAAACAUGCUUGGAUCAUCGUAAUGUAUGUUCCCAAGUAAUUUUUUCUGCCGUGCUUAACUAAAUAGUUUAGUGCGUUACUGGGCCAAGAACGAACGUAUACGUCAGUGUCGUACCGAGCGAAUUCAUCUCGUUUUUAACAGAGGACAGCAAUUCUCGAAACUUGCAGUACACUACUAGGAUGCCACGUCAACAAAUACAAAGAUAAUUAUUUGCCAUCCCGCUAACUGGGAUUGAAAUUUCUAAGCAACGCUUUGUAUUUCGUGGAAUAUAUUUCUAGACAUGCGAACUAUGUCCGUUUUUCAGUAUACUGUGCGCUGGAAGUGCCAACUAAUUUAAACAUUCUUAUAUAUCACCCUUGAUAUUCUAUAUUAUUUUCUUGUUAUGUUAAAGUGGCUGAUAAAUCGCCCCUCGUCACCAAGUGGUAUUUUUUAGGGAAUACUUUCAUGGGCAUAUACUUGUCCCGUAAUGCUCUGUUACCUUGUUAUUCAAGACUCUCAAAGUGAACUGUAAGAAAAUUUCUUCGUGUUGCAAGGAGGACGGGUUUUGAUACAUAAUUCCGAUUACAAAUAAUAUUGAACGGAUUUUGUCUGGAUUAUUAAUAGAUGGAACAACGACGACCUAGAAAUUUCGCAGCUAUUCUUUUCCUAAAAAUGUAACACUUUUUUUAUCUUUGCUUCUAUAAUUAUCAUCUGAUGUUUUUAUGCUCUUCUGGAGAUUUUUUUUCUCGGCGUAUUCGUUGGACAUCUUUUUCGCCUUGUUUGAUUUUGAAUUAUCGUCUAUAUCCCUAUUUUCAAACGUAAUGUUUUCAAAAAACGCUGCUCGCUCUCACGAGCGUUUAUGUGCUUAACGCAAACUAACAACAUAUUGCUGCUCUUAAUUUCGAUAAAAAGUCAUAAUCUACCUACAUUCGAGCAAAACUAUUCUGCUGCCUGAUCUUCUGAAAAAAACCGGGUCUUGAUUUCUUACAAUGUCUUGAUCAUUCAAGACUUCGGAAAGAUUUAUUAAUGACCACUUGAUUUAUUCACGGUAUACCAAAUUCACAUUCAAGUUGAACGUCCUGUGUUAAAAUUCUGGUGCCAAGUGCUCAUUUUGCUAAUAUAACUUUUUUUUUUUUGCUUAUUCAAAGUUUGCACGGUGGUACCAACUAGCGAGUAUUAUAACACUGCGACAUCGUGAGGCUGUGUUGUGUUUGCGCUGCUCUUUGCGUUACUUCAUCUGUCGGUAUGAGGCAUCAUAGUUUCACUGUCUCGAUGUAUAUUCGACAAAAUAAAGUUGGGGAUUUGGACACGGCGCAGAUUUUUUUCUAAGUGCACGUGAAUGGUGUUAUGGGUAUGAAGCAUGCAUCAUAAAAGUCGCUUAUCUUCACUAAAUAUAUAUUUUGUAAUAUCAUAUAUUUUCCGCUAUCAUAACUUUAAGUCCGGCGCCAUCAUACAAGUUUUUGUGUAAACUAUUCUUGUAUUUUUACACCAAUGAGCUAGGGAAAUUGUAACAAUUGGCGUCGACAAUUGAGCGAUAAAUUCGUAUGACAACUCCCUGGAAACCGCGUCUGUCGUUGCGAUCUAGGUCAUCUAUAGGGAGAUGUACGAUAUAGUGCACCAACUGUUUGUUAUUACACGUUAAUUGAACGUGUCUAUAAGCGCAUACGUAUUACAUGAAAUCUCUUAAUCGUUGCUUUUGUCCCAGUUCCAGUUAACGACAUUUUAAGUUGUUAAGUCUCUGCAUUUACUUUUUUUGGGGGGUCAGUUUCAUGUGUAAAUAAAUAACUACCCUGAUGAUUUUGUAUCUGCCCAACUCACGGCGGCGCACUGAGUAUUAGGUACUUUGUUCUGUAAAACUUGUUCUAGGCAUCGCAUUCAGCUUGUGUACGAAAUUGUUCCAAGUCACCGGCAAUGGUGCCACCCACUCGUGAAAGACGGUCACAAUGUAAUGAUUCUCCUAUGUGAUGUGAUGAUUAGGCGUUCGUUUGCUGUUAUAUUAUUAUGAUAAGUUAGUGACAACUCGUGGAACAAUUUUCUCUAUGAACUGUUUGAAUUGAAAGCUUUCCGUGAUAUGAGUGAGUUACGUUAGAGAUUGAUACUCAAGCCAUGUUCCAAUUUAAUAUUUAAUUCACAUUCGAAUUCGUUUCACUUCAUGAGGCGUUCCGCAAGCAUUACUCGCAACCAGAUCCAAUGUCGUCUGAUUGAAACAUACGGUACUACUCGUACAUCGUAAUAUCUGCUCCUCUACUUGGUAGUCGCUUUAGUUAGAACGUAGUCAUUAGCUUUUACAUGUACAAAAUACGGACAGCGGUUAUCGGCCCUUAUCACAAAGUUAAACUCUUUGACCUUGUAAAUAAAGUAGCGUGUCUCCUUGUACCCUAGUUCGUUGUAUAUAAUCGUAUUUUUAUUUAGGCGCUUUGUAACAAGUAGUUGAGAAAGAUCUGCAAUUUACAAAUUUUGAAUUGUAAUCGUAGCUUGUGUGCAGGUCUUGUGAGUUAACGUAUGACUGAACAACUAUCAAACGUUGUAUGUCAACUCUAUUUUUUCAAUUGUUCAAGACUGUUCUGUUAUUUGUUUCUGAUGAAACUAUCCAUGACCUGUUGCGACUGUAAACGCUGGAACAAAUUUCUGAAAUAUGCUCAUGUUUCAAUGUUGAGUCGUGCACACGAGCUAGCAUCACAGCUGGCGAUAUCAAUGAUUGUCCCGAGGCCCUACAGUAAAAACUGAUUACGGUAACAACGAUUAGUGCAGACACGGUACAAGAGUAUAUACUCUUGUACCGUGUACACAGCAGGUCCAGUAGAGCAUCUAAAACUUUCACAAAGUUCCAAGACUUCUAAGCCAACUUGCAUGCUUGUCGAACGUUCACAAGCUUUGGUCGUUGGCUAUUGACUUUUUUUUCUAUUUCGAUUAAUAUUUUGUGACAUGGUAUUUUAAGUUUACUCGUUAUAUGGUUGUUUUCCUCCUCACCGAGAGGAACUUUUUCACCAUGCAACAACUCCUCUUAAUGUGAAAGAACUGUACAUUUUAUUGCUUAUCUGCCCUAGUAUCGGAGCAUCACUUUUUAUACCUACUGCACGAUAAAUAUAGAGCGUACUUAACCAAAGUUUUAAACGCUAGGAGUAGAACAAACGUAUGCAUGUUGAACAUCUACUCUUCUCAAGUGUUAUUCUCCGUAACCUAAAAAAGUGAUAUGUUAUCGAAACUUUUCGAGGUUAGUUGAGCUGUAAUUCUGCUUUUUGUGAUCAACUCAGUCGCGCUCAUUCCCUGCCCGGCAAGACAUGAAGAGCCCGGCUCAUCUCAAAUUACCGGGAGUUACGAGCAAACUCAUAUUCUCAUCCCAUCGGUGCGAUCAAUUUUUAGUUUACGAACUUUUAUUUUAUUCUCGCAUAAGUACAAUGAUAAUCACGCUGUUUGAGCACAUACGUUGUAUGAUUUAUUGACAAACAAUGGUUCCCCAAUAGGUAUAUAUUUAGUGUACUCCGGAUAUUAAUUUUCUAAAUCGAUAAUUGUAUAUCUAAAUGUAUUUCAUUUUCUGGAUCUUUAAUUAAUGCUAUUUAGAUGAAAUGAUGGCUCUUCCAAGACAUUUAUUUCAUCACACGAAUGAUAUUUUGUGUUUAUUUGUGUCGAUAACGUAUAUACUCAUUAUGUGCUUUCGAAUCAUUCGUUUGAAAAUCUUGUAAAUUUUCGGCAGCUGAUUAUUUUUAAUGCAUUCUUCAUCAAUUUUUGCACUCAUCCUUGCCCGUAUCUUUCAUACAAACUUGAGUAUGAAGAUAUGCGCUUGAUUACCGCAAGCGAUAUCGCCGAGUAAAGGCAUCUUUUUUAGUUGCACAUUUAUUGGUGAAUUGUGUGAAUUUAUGUGAUCACGUCGCCGCGUUCAAAUUGGCAUGUCUAAGAAUAUGGUGCCGAGCAUUGCUUCGUUAUGACGCAAUUACCAGUUACUUUUUGUAUUGCUCAUUAAACACGUCUUUAUAAUCAUAAUAAUGCUGGCAAUUAGUGCAUCACUGCCGUCUGAUGCGGUUUGUUUAUAUCGCUGUUACUCUUGAACCUUCGCCUUUACUGAACCUGUCCACCAAAACCUAUUUUUAGCUAAUGAAAAUCAUGACUACG